ACUCGAUCGCUCAUACUGUUUAGUCAGCGUCCGUACGGAGACCGAGUACGAUCCACGUAGAGCAAAGAGGAUAGGGGAGAACCGGGGUCGGUUUAGUAAAGGUGUGCGACCGACGUUGGGGGAUCACAUCACCGGAUCCGUAUGCGUGGAUCGCGCGCGUGUGCAGUCUCGUUGUAUCGCGCGAAGCAAGCGGAACCGGAGCAGUUGUGCGUAUGCGUAAAACCGGCUGUAUGGACGAACUUGAAGUCGAAAGGGGAGAAGGUGUGCGAGAGUAGACAAAGCGGCGGCGGCGAGCGCGGGUAAACGGGUCAGCAUUGGUGAACACGAUUAAACCGAAAACGCGCAGUCGCGCGUUGAUCCUUUCGGGUGGGAGGCGAUCAGCUGCGAGCACGCGAGGGCCGAGAUGUUCGUCCUACAGAAGUCAAUAUUUUCGCCCGGCAGUAGAAAUUGUGCGGGAUCAUGGACGCGAAUGCUUCCGCCCACGCAUCCUGCCGUGAAAGAUGUUCAGCACAGAGACAUCCACGAGGUAUCUGGAGAUGUUGUACCUAUCAACAUGGUGAAAGGUAUCGGUCAUCUAAGGGACCCCCGACUCAAUAAGGGUUUGGCAUUUACUCUGAAAGAGAGGAUAGCGUUGGGAAUACAUGGUCUACAGCCUCCCAGAUUUAAAACUCAGGAGGAACAGCUGGCUCUGUGCAAAGCCUCCGUCAUGAAAUAUACAGAGGAUCUAAAUCGAUACCUUUACCUCGUGGAGCUUCAGGAACGAAACGAAAGACUAUUUUUCCGUUUGUUAAGCGAGAACAUCGAACAGAUGAUGCCCAUCGUUUACACUCCUACUGUCGGCUUAGCUUGUCAAAAGUUUGGCGUUAUUUAUCGCAGACCACGUGGAUUGUUCAUCACGAUUUACGACAAGGGACACAUCUACGAGAUUCUUAACAAUUGGCCUGAACAAGCGGUUCGCGCGAUCUGCGUAACAGACGGAGAAAGGAUUCUGGGUCUCGGCGACCUGGGUGCUUGCGGCAUGGGAAUCCCAGUAGGAAAGUUAGCCCUUUACACCGCCUUAGCUGGCAUAAAGCCGCACCAAUGCCUGCCGAUCACCAUCGACGUCGGCACGAACAACGAGCAGCUGAGGAACGAUCCUCAUUAUAUCGGUCUUAACAAACCGAGAAGUCAAGGCGCCGAAUACGACGAGUUGAUUGAUGAGUUUAUGGCUGCUUGCGUGAAAAAAUACGGUCAAAACGUCCUCAUUCAAUUCGAAGACUUCGGAAACCACAAUGCCUUCCGUUUCCUAGAUAAGUACCGUGACAAGUAUUGUACGUUUAACGACGAUAUACAAGGCACCGCUGCGGUUGCGGUCGCCGGAAUCCUAGCGUCGAAGAGAAUCACCAAAAGAAAGAUGUCCGAUAACAAGUUCGUGUUCUUGGGUGCUGGCGAGGCAGCCAUCGGAAUAGCUGACCUCUGCGUAAAAGCGAUGGAGGCGGACGGUUGCACCGAACAGCAGGCUCGUGAUAAUAUUUGGAUGAUGGAUAUUGACGGAUUGCUGACCAAGAACCGGCCGGAGGGAAACUUGGAUGGUCACAAGAUCUGGUACGCGAAAGACCACAAGGUGAUGAAAUCGCUGUUCGAGGUCGUGAAGGAAGUGAAGCCGACCGUUCUGAUCGGCGCGUCAGCAGCCGCGGGAGCGUUCACUCCCCAGGUACUGGGAGAAAUGGCGAAAAAUAAUGAGAGACCGCUGAUAUUCGCGUUGAGCAAUCCUACCAGCAAAGCCGAAUGCACCGCCCAACAAGCUUACGACCACACGGAUGGAAAGUGCAUCUUCUCCUCGGGCUCUCCGUUCGGCGAGGUGAAUUAUAAAGGGAAAAUUUUCAAACCUGGACAAGGGAACAAUGCGUACAUUUUCCCUGGGAUCGCACUGGGAGUGAUCGGGACUGGAGUUCAUCACAUUACCGAGGAUCUGUUUCUCAUAUCGGCUCAGGCUGUGGCCGAUCACGUAAAGGACGAAGAUCUCGCAGUUGGCAGUCUCUAUCCACCAUUAGACACUAUUCGUGAAUGCUCAAUCGAUAUUGCCAUUCGAAUCGCUAACUAUGCCUACGCGAAGACUGGAUUGGCGAGCGAAUACCCAGAGCCGAAGGACAAACGUCAGUUUAUUGUGAGUAAAAUGUAUGAUGCCAACUAUGACAGUCCACUGCCAAACAUUUACGACUGGCCAGGGGACUAUGCCAAACCACGUGUUCUGCCAGAGAAAGACACUGUAGAAAUCCGCCACGAUUUAAAACAUCUGUAGCGGAUUUCACCGAACGGGGUACUCAGAGGCUAUCGUUAUUACCAAUACCAAUUAAAAAAACAAAAUAAACAAAGUAUCGCUAUGUCCUGCAUUGAGACAAAUCGUGAGACAAGUACAGGCGACGAGAGCGGUCGUAAAACAUUUUUAGCUGUAAGGACUGUUGUACUCUGUCAGUGAUUAACGCCAGUGCUUUUAACAAUGUAACUUGCACGAAGUGUUUCAAGCACGAGAAUCGAUCACACAUUGCGCUGCUAUUACAGCAUCGAAUAACGCAGUAAGCUAAUAACGUCGCAGUAUUUUAAAUGUCCUCCUUCACCCCAUAACGCAGUAUUAGGAUUACUAGUUUAUCGUUCAGGGAACACGAUAAGUAUUAACCAGUGAAAGUAUUUAAAAGAAAGUUUUAAACGGAAUUGUUAGCCACUUUUCUUAUUUCCCGUAUUUUAUGUUAUACGUACGAAAUUAAGAUUAGGACAAAACAGUAACGUUGCUUUAUACGCAGAUUGAAGUGCUUCAUUUCGCACCGUGCGUUUAUGAUUUUAUCAUAUAUAUGUACGUAACUUAAUAAAAAAGAAAACCAGACGUUUGUACGGUGAAAUUUUUCGAGUUCGAUGGACAAAUAAAAUGAAAAAUUUCACGAAUACGAAAAUCAUCUGUCUUGUGUCUAAGUGGGAACUCCGUUUUCUUUCAUCCACUUGACAUUUCCAGACAGGAGGCUCAUAUGACCUGUGUCAAAAUAUGUAGAAGUAAAUUCCUUCAGGUCUAUAUCAUUUUGUUCAAGGUUCCCCGAUUUUUCCUUUACGGAUGAUAACCCGAUACAAGCUUCCAAUCCUUACCCGAGAGUCCAAAAAAACCCGAACCGAUUCCGUGCGAAUACGAAGAACUCUUAAUCAAAAGAAGAGUGAGGUAUUUCCGAGCAUGAGCACGUUGUAACACUCAUGUUUUUAUUAUAACAUAACAACAUUUUAUACGUCUGUAUACAUUACUACAAAUAUAGAUUUUUUUAAGAGAAAACCAGAUUAAAUGGACGUUAUUGGAAAAAAAGAGUAGGUAGGACGGACGGCAAUGAAAUCGACCGAUACUUUCACUUCCAAGUUAUAAUACAACUUGGUCGUUUUUACAAUCGAACAAAAAUCUGAUCGUUUUUACAGUCGCUUAGAUCUAUGCGCGGUUCGUUUUACGUUUGCUCAUACCUUCAUCGGCUAACAUUUUAAUUAUUGACGCUAGCGAAAACUUUUUUAUACAGAAGUUGUAGGUACUGACGUCAUGUACAAGAAAGGUUCUAUUAAUUUUUCAUCUACCUCCGGAGUUAGGUAUGACUAAUCAGCAUUUUAUUGGUACUGACAAAAUUCAGCCUUCCCACCAUCGAAACUGCAAACUUUUGGCAAAAAAUUUCGUUUUUCCCCAAAUACUCUUAGGCGUAUACAAUCUUUUUCUACCUCGAAUUCUUCAGGAGUAAUCGAUUAAUGAUUUCGUUCAUCGUUAAAUACUCCGUAACGAGUGGAGUUAAAAUAAAAUCGCACAGGACCUUUCUUAUAUCUAAGAACUGGAGCUACAACUUUUGCCUAAAAGUUUUUGCAAUAAACAAUUUUAUUUAUGACGCGCAUUGAACAGUAACUUUUUUUUAAAUGUCGUGCAGAGGAAGUAUUUUAUGAACAGAUCACGUUCGAUCAGUUGUACUUCAUAUUUCGAAAUAUAUACGUGAUACAUGUGACUGUUCCUGAAAUGUUCUCGAUAUUCGUAAUUUCUGAACGAUUGUUGUACGAAGCAAUUUUACGCGGAUUAAAUACCGCGACCUAUUUUUCUCUAUUUAUUGAAGAGUGUCUAUUUUUCGCUGAGACGUAUUUGGAAGCAAUUAAGAUCGAUGUUAAUAUUACGUAUUCACCUCUAGAACUGUGUACUCAAUCGAGGCUCGCAUGUAUAAUAUUGUAGCUCCGAGAAAUCUUAUCGAACUCGUUUGUUAUGUGUCGUAUAACAUGUGAUUAAUCGUUUACGAGCUAAGAACAUCGGUUACCGAGCCCGGAAAUAAAAGCUCGAGUAUUAGAACUUUUAAAACGGAGCACAAUGUUUAGCCAAGCGACGAAUGCUUAUUAAAGUAGCUGUCGAAAGAGAUCCGCGUUCCGAUCUCGUUUCAUAUUAGCAUCGGUUGUGUGUAGAUGAACGCAUCCAAGAACGAUCGCUUGGUUAAACGUCGAUAAAAACAUUAUUAUAUUUAUUACUAAUCGUGUUCUUCUCCCGACAGAUUACGUGUUGGCGAGUCGAAAGACGAGGCGACUGCUCUGACGUAUACGCAGUCGUUCUAAUGUAAGUUAAAUCAAGUCCAAACUUUGACUCGGUGGCUACACUUCCGUAUAAUCGUUAUUUAAGCAAAACGUGUCGCUAAGUAUCAUCAGGGAAUUGAGGCUUAUUUACGCUCUGUACUUAUAUAUUUAUUGUUAAUUUAACGCCGCGCAAGUAUGUAUCGUGACUAUAGGCGCACUAUUCAUUAAUUUCGUAAUCGAGUCCGACAGGUAUAUUUAUUCCAUUUAUUUAUCUCCUUUAUUUCUGUACGUACUGUUUACAGUUGAGCAAUGAAUCUGAAUAAAUAUGAGAGCCCUCGAAUAACACGAGAGAAAUUAGUGAAUAGUUACUCCUCAUUUCUCGACGACAGAUCAUAAUUUCUGUUGAAUCUUGUAUUAAUAUAAGUAUUAACACUUCAUCGAAAAAUUACUGGUGCAUGUGUCAAGUAACUGUAUAGACUUUAGCGCGAUGUAUUACAUAAAGAGAAACGACAGUCGUAAAAAAUAUUUAGGUGGAUUUCCUUAGUCACGAUGUCUCCUAGGUAUACUACGUAAGGCCACGUAAAUUGUCACACCACUUCUUCGGUUUCACACCGUAUCGAUAAGCAUUAUAAUCAGAGGAAACCGGAAGGCAACGUUGUAAAGAUCGUAUUUUUUGUACCGUAUCGUAAUGGUCACUUUUACGUUUAAGUAAAUGUACGAAACUGAGAGAAUUCUUUCAGAAGGUUCCUAUAUGUUGUACGAAAUAGAAUGUCUGAUGGAUAACAUCGAUUUUGAUUGUUACUGCCACAUUGCAAAUAGAACGGGAAAUCAUAUCCAUCUUACGGACUAUUAAACUACAUUAUGAUGUCUAUGUGUGCAUACAAUAUCUGAGAAACCAAAAGUUAAGUUAUCUGAGUAUGUACAACUGUUCGUUCGCUAGGAUUUGUUACUGAAACGUGCAAAUUAAAUACCACUAAGCAUAUGAAUAAAUGUUAAAUGAUGAUUGUUA